AGGAUGUGCGGGGGGUGGGCAGUGUUGCACCAAUGCCUUUUUUUUUUUUUUUUUUUGGCUAUUGUGACACUAUAUCGAAAAAGUGAUAUCAGGUCAUUUGGGGAUAUUUGGGGACAUGUCCUGGUCAUAGCAGGUCAUUUGGGGAUAUAUGGGGGACAUAUCCUGGUCAUAUCAGGUCAUUUGGGGGACAUGUCCUGGUCAUAUCAAGUCAUUUGGGGACAUGUCUGGUCAUAUCGGGUCAUUUGGGGUACAUGUCCUGGUCAUAUCAAGUCAUUUGGGGACAUGUCUGGUCAUAUCGGGUCAUUUGGGGGACAUGUCCUGGUCAUAUCAGGUAAUUUGUGGGACAUGUAUGGGUCAUAUCAGGUCCUUUGGGGGACAUGUCUGGUCAUAUCAGGUCAUUUGGGGGACAUUUCCUGGUCAUAUCAAGUCAUUUGGGGGACAUUUCCUGGUCAUAUCAAGUCAUUUGGGGGACAUUUCCUGGUCAUAUCGUGUCAUUUUGGGGACAUGUCCUGGUCAUAUCGUGUCAUUUUGGGGACAUGUCCUGGUCAUUUCAAGUCAUUUGGGGGACAUGUUUGGUCAUAUCAUGUCAUCUGGGGGACAUGUCCUGGUCACAUCAGGUCAUUUGGGGACAUUUGGGGGACAUGUCCUGGUCAUAUCGUGUCAUUUUGGGGACAUGUCUGGUCAUAUCAGGUCAUUUGGGGGACAUGUCCUGGUCAUUUGGGGACAUUUGAGGGACAUGUCUGGUCACAUCAGGUCAUUUGGGGGACAUGUCUGGUCAUAUCAGGUCAUCUGGGGGACAUGUCCUGGUCAUAUCAGGUCAUCUGGGGGACAUGUCCUGGUCAUAUCAGGUCAUUUGGGGACGUUUGGGGGAGAUGUCCUGGUCAUAUCAUGUCAUUUUGGGGACAUGUCCUGGUCAUUUCGGGACAUUUGAGGGACAUGUCUGGUCAUAUCAGGUCAUUUGGGGGACAUGUCUGGUCAUAUCAUGUCAUCUGGGGGACAUGUCCUGGUCAUAUCAUGUCAUCUGGGGGACAUGUCCUGGUCAUAUCAGGUCAUUUGGGGACAUUUGGGGGAGAUGUCCUGGUCAUAUCAUGUCAUUUUGGGGACAUGUCUGGUCAUAUCAGGUCAUUUGGGGGACAUGUCCUGGUCAUUUCGGGACAUUUGAGGGACAUGUCUGCUCAUAUCGCGUCAUUUGGGGGACCUGUCCUGCUCAUAUCAGGUCACUUGGGCAUCCAUGGCCGUCAGUGGCAUCGACUUACAUAUGUGUCAAUGGAGUCCAAGUAUAUUAGCAUUAAUAGAAUCGACAUACAUGGCUUUAAUAGCAUUAACCGAAGUAAAUGCCAUUGGAAUUGAAUGGGAAAUUUGGACGUCCAUAUCCAUCAACGGCAUCGACUUACAUAUGCGUCAAUGGAGUCAAAGUACAUUGGCAUCAAUAGAAUUGACAUACAUGGCCAUCAAUAGCAUCUGUGUACUUGGGCAUCAAUGCAAAGUAAAUGUCGUUGGAAAUUUGGACUUACAUGGCUGUAAUUGGCAUCCCAUUAGAAAUGAAUGGGACAGUUUUUUGCAAAUUUUGGGGGGAAUUGUAAAUUUUUUCCAAAUUAUGGAGACAACUUUUAUGCCCCUCACCGUCCCGGAGUUUUUGAUGUCCAAAUUAUGUGAUUUGGUCAAAAAUUCUAUUUUAUUAGAUUUUUUGGAUUUUUCCCUUAAAAUCUGCGUUUACAGGUGUACUGAAAAUGGGGUCGUUCAAAAAAGCCCCUGCAUCACGCGAAAUUUCCGGUCGUUUUGAUAUUCGAGCGGUGCCGAUUGGUCAAACGGUUUUGGCUGUGUGGCGCACCGAAGAAAGGCUAUUAAAAAAAAAAAAAAAAAAGUUUAAUUUUACAAUCUGGUAAAGCCCCAUAUAAAAAGGCUAAUAUCCCCAAAGUAACUUGUGUUUUUGCGUCC